CUUAAAACUUCUCUCUAUCUAUCUCCUUCGGCGCCUCUCGAUCUCUCCGUCUCUCCCUAUCUGGUUGUCUCUUCGACAUCGAAAGAGCAGCAGAGUCAAAGACUAAAACAAUUAUGAGCGAAGAGAAAGAUAUCAUGUCGGAGCCAUUCAUCGUAAAGAAUAUUGAUGAUGAUGAAGAAGCAACGCUUGAUGAUUAUUAUAAUUCACAGGGCAACACUUCUUUCUCCAAGACUUGUUUCCAUGGCAUUAACGCUUUAUCAGGUGUGGGUAUAUUAUCGGUACCUUAUGCUUUAGCAUCCGGGGGAUGGCUAAGUUUGAUCAUACUCUUCACCGUAGCAAUCACAACUUUCUAUAGUGCCAUUCUCAUUAAAAGAUGUAUGGACAUGGAUCCACUGCUUCGAUCAUACCCGGACAUUGGUUACAAAGCCUUUGGAAACACAGGACGUGUUGUCGUCUCCAUCUUCAUGAACCUCGAGCUUUACCUAGUGGCGACUAGUUUCUUGAUCCUAGAAGGGGACAACCUUAACAAGCUCUUCUCAAACGUUGGAUUCAACUUCAUGGGUUUUGAAUUCCAUGGCAAGCAAAUGUUCAUCGUCCUUGUAGCUCUCAUUAUUCUUCCCUCGGUUUGGUUAGACAAUAUGAGGAUUCUUUCUUAUAUUUCCGCUAGUGGCGUCUUCGCGUCCGGGUUGAUUCUUGCUUCUAUCUUUUGGGUUGGAGCUUUUGAAGGAGUAGGGUUCAAGAACAAGAACUCAGUGGUCUUUCGUCCUAAUGGAGUCGCUACUUCUGUGAGCUUAUACGCGUUUUGUUACUGUGCUCACCCGGUGUUCCCAACGCUAUACACUUCCAUGAAGAACAAACGCCAAUUCUCAAACGUUAUGGUUAUAUGUUUCACAAUAUGCACAUUCAUAUAUGCAUCGGUGGCAGUAUUGGGAUACUUAAUGUAUGGAACAAAUGUUGACUCACAGAUAACGUUGAAUCUUCCUACGGAUAAGCUUAGUUCAAAAGUGGCGAUAUGGACUACAUUGGUGAACCCAAUAGCUAAGUUUGCUCUCAUGGUUACGCCUAUUAUCGACGCAAUGAGAAGCCGGUUUUCUAGGUUUUUGCCUAACAAAAGAGCGUCCCGUUUCUUACUGAGUACGAUGCUGGUUGCUAGCAAUGUGAUUGUGGCAUUGCUUCUUCCCUUCUUCGGUGAUCUUAUGAGUCUUGUUGGAGCAUUCUUGAGCGCAUCCGCAUCGGUUAUAUUGCCAUGUUUGUGUUACUUAAAGAUCUCUGGGAAGUACCGAAGACUCGGGUUCGAAACACUGGUUCUCAUUGGUAUUACACUAACCGGUGUCUUGGUUGUGAUAACUGGAACUUACAAAGCGGUUAAGGACAUUUUUGGCCGAUUCUGAAAUCCGAAUAGGUUAGGUCUAGGUCUAGCCUAAAGAAUAUUUGGUUAGGAAGAAAUGUGUAAUACUUAAACGAUAUUAUUAUUUUAUUUACUUCGACCAUAUCUAUUUUUUCACUCAUUUGUA